AUGGCGAAGCGAAGCGACAAGAAAAACGCCCCAAUUGAUAGGCACAAAGUGUUCGUCCGAAAUAUUAGGGAAAACGACGUAGCCCCCUUGGAGGAAGAGUUUAAAAAAAUCUGCACGAAAUAUUUCUUCUUUAAAAAUAAAAACAACACCACAAAGAGUGCUAUCUGUUCCUUCAAAACAGAUCGGGAGGCAGAAAAUUUUAUUCAAAAAUAUCACGAUAAGAAAAUACAAACCAGCAAUAUAAAAUGUGAAUUUGCCUUCAGGAAAAAGUACAACGAAAAAAAAUUAAUAUCCAUCACAUAUAGACGACAUAAGAUUAACCACAUGAACUCCAUCCAGUUAUACACCAACUGUGAUUUGGACACCAUAGUCGUCUUGAGCUACUUGAAAAAUAUCUUCCUCCUGCAUAGACACUUGUUGGUAAAAUGCUUAGAUGAGCAUGAUCAGGCAGAGAGGAAGACGUCCCAAAGGGAGGUGGGAUCCCAAGACACGGAUGGGAAAAACCAUCCCAAAGAAAAUGACCAGACUGAUAAGGACGAGGACCAUUCAGAAGAGGCCACACAAAAGAGUGACGGUGAUGGUGAUGCUGAUGAAGAUGACGUCCAAGUAGUGGCCGAAAAAAAACUCAAAGAAUUUGAAGAAAUUGUCCUGAAUAUUGAAAAAGAGAACAAAAAUUUAGAUAAAAAAAUGAGGAAAAAAAUAAUCGCAAAAAAGUCCAAAAAAAAUAAAGGAAUAAGUAAAAAUUGCUUUGUCUACACGAUUGAAUUUUUAAAUUUAAAAUUCGCUGCCCAUUUUUACAAGUAUAUUAACAGAAAGAAUUUUUUAAAUUACCUCGAAGAUAACGUUAAAAAUGAGGGAAAAAAAGACGUCUUUUUUUUUCAUGAGCUGUGCUACUUCAACAAAAACAACAAGAGAGUUAUCGUAAAAAAUAUUAAACGGACGUGCCAUGUAGAAAAUUUACAAAAGCUAUUCAAACAUAUAGAAAAGGAUCCAUCCAUUUAUUUUCCCAAGAAAGAUAAUAAAAAGCAGGGGUACGCCCUGGUUACCUUCUCCAGUUACGAAAACGUGAAGAAGGCGCUUCUGUUGAACAAAUCCAAGCUGUGUGGAAGCACCAUAAUCGUAGAGGAGGAUAAGAAUCCACGGCUCCUCAAGAUGCUAGGUGUGCAGGCUGCCGACCAUGGGGAGAAAAACCAUCAAGUAAGGGACGGAGUGACAGACAAAGAGGUCGAUGGGGAGGGUAGCGAAGACGGCACGAACGAUGGAGAGGAAAGCAACGAUGAGACAGACGAAGGUGAGGAGGAGGAAGACGACGAAGAUCGUGACGAUGAAGAUCGUGAUGAUGAUGAUGAUGACGAUGAUGUUGAUGAUGAUGAUGACGAUGAAGAGCAACACGACCAGCGACCGCACGAUCGCGCUAGCGACGUCGAGGAAGGGAAGACGCUGUUCAUCACGAACAUUCCGAUGGGGAGCACCGACGAAGAAGUGCAAAGCUACGUCACCAAGAACAUCAGCAAAAACUAUGUCUACAUAAGGACGUGCAGAAACAACGGUAAAAAAAUUUCCGCAUUUGUGAAGCUCAAGUAUAAAGAAGAUGCAGACACAUUUUUGAAAAAAAUUGGCGAAUACCACGAUGAGAAGGAGCAGGAAGAUGGUGAGGACGACGAAGAGGAAAACGUAAUUGACAAAUUUUACAACAUGAAGAAGAAAAAAAAGGAAAGAAUGAAACAGAUUCUGCUUAAAGAUCAGAACAGUGGCAAAAAUGCCGAAAUUUUGUUUUUCAAAAAUAAUUAUUUAAUGAUCAAAAGGGCAGUUAAGGACAAUGACAUAAACAAUGAUCACCUCGGAGAAAAUAUAAUCAAAAGAAACAACGACUUGAUGGAAAAAAAAAAGCAGCUCUUAAAAAAUAAAAAUUUCCUGAUAAACCCGUGCAGAAUAUACGUUCGCAACUAUCCAGCCUCUUUGGAACAAAAUUUAUUCAGGCAACUCAUAACGAAAUAUUUCACCCCCCUAUUUAUGGAAAAACACAAUUUAAAAAAAAAAGAAGCUUUCAAAAAAGCCAAUGAAAUUAUUAAGAAAAUGAAAAUUAUGAAAGAUCACACAAAGCAAAAAGAACUAGCGCAAAAUGAGGAAAAAAAUAAAAAAUUAAAAGAUAAAAAGAGUAACAACAAAAGUGGACAAAAUUUGAUAUGCUUCAUCGACAUUAACAAACAUGAACAUGCCAAGCAAAUAAUUCACUUUCUCCAAAAUAGGAAUAUUUACGAACUGAUUAACGAAAUAAUCUACAAAAAAAAGUUCCAAACAAUUCGCAAAAAUAAAAACAUCAUGUAUGUCGAUUACUGUAUUGAAGACAUACGAAUGGUGCAUAUCAAAAAAUUAAAAGAAGAAAAAUUUUUAAAUCAUAUAAGGCAAAAAAAUGGAGCGGAAACGAACUCGCCCACCAAAAAGACUAUUAAAAAAAAGAAAAAAAAAGAAAGCAGAGGAAGAAGGCAACGGGAAAAAAGACGCCUUCUAAGAAUGCAAAACGAAAACACAAACAUCGCUCAUGUAAUUAAAAACACAUCAUCAGUCCAUGUGCAACAGUCCAAUGUGACAACUGGGCAGGAAAAAAAAAACGCCCAAACGAAUAGCGCACACAAAAUCAGCGCAACGAAGAAAAAAUCAAACUUGAAGUUGAAGGAAAAGAACCCCAACCAGGGUGCUCAUUCCAAGGAGGCGAGCAAAAAAAAGAAAGUCUCCUUCCAAAUCGGGGAAAAAGAAGAAAAUACAAAAAAAAAGACAAGCAAGAAGUUAAUCAAAAAGGCCGGGAAAAAAUCUGCAACCAAAAAGGAUAAAGAUAUUGAAUCGAUACAAAAGGACGUUUUGAAUUUUCUCAAGAAAAACAAAAAGUAA